CGGUGUAGUUUCUCUUCGUAAAAUAUCCGGUCAGCUGUGCAGCGCAUGCGCCUCGAAAUUGUUUGGCUGACGAUCACAGGGAACAUGGCAGACAUCGGCAAAGAGACUUUGGGAUGUUCUUCUGAUCCCAAAAAUAUCCAGGAUCUGACUGCUUUUGUCCAGAAUCUUCUUCAGCAAAUGCAGGACAAGUUCCAGACAAUGUCAGAUCAAAUCAUUGCUCGCAUAGAUGACAUGGGAAACAGGAUUGAUGAUCUUGAGAGGAACAUUGCAGAUCUGAUGACACAAGCUGGAGUGGACGAUGGAAGAGUUUAAAAUACAGCGAUUACAAACUCCGUCCUUGAUCAUUCCAUGCAUCUAAUAAUGACUGUUUUCUUAUCCAACUUGUUGACAUUUUCUUUGUAGUUAUUUAUUUUGAAUAUUUAUGACACUAAGAGCAAACAUUUGAAUUCAGUGAUCCAAAUAAUUGCUAUAAACAUUGUCCAGUCUAAUGUUGGAUGCUUUGAUAUUAUGCAGCAGAAUUUAAGAGAAUUGAGGAAAAAGUUGUUACAAUUCAUUGUUAAACCAUCUAAAAUCAGUGUGCACCACAGUUUAUUUUAUGUCACAUUUCAGUUAUACAUGAAUGAUGAAAAUGUUUUUAAAAAUCUAUGCUUAGUUUUUCUAGGAGAAUAGCAUUUUAGUAAACUUCAAGAUGUCAUUGGUUGUAAAGUUGUUCACUUAGGCGACCUGUCUGUAGUAACUUUUAGAUUAUGACCUUUGAAAUUUUUAUCUAAUUACAGCCUCUAAUGUUAAUGACCAAGAAUCUUGCUUGCUGCUUUUUUUCCAACUGUCAAAAUGCAGGUGCAGAAAAGUAUGCACACAUAUUCAAGAGAGAAGAUUCUUAAUAAUUUUUAUCAACAUAAUCUCCAGCAGUAAACCUGCAUAAGGUGCAAAUUUAUCCCUUGCAAUAGGGAGGGUGGGGUGGUGAAAGUUCAGAGAUUAGCAACAUGGUUAAAACUUAGCAAUAGUAUACCAUCUUGUGAUGUGCUGAAUGCAAAUUAUAAUACUUUAUGUGAAACUUGUGAAUGCGUAGCAUGUCGGUUGUAAUGACUGCUUUUCUCCUCCCCCUCUCUAGCACACUGUUUUCCCUUUCUGCAUGAGGCAUCCCUUGACAGGGCUGGCUGUCAUCAUUCUAGUCUUGGCCAUAUAUAUUUGAAUAAUCCAAGAUCUGUAUCUUCUGAUGUGUUACUCUAGUAUUGUACAGCUUUAAACAGUAUGUUUAGAGUGCCUCACUGUAGCUGUUAUCACAUUAAGAACUAAUAAGGGUAUUAUUGACAGUGAUAUAGAGAAUGCAAAUGCAUCUAUACCUUAGUAUCAAUAAAGAGUCCUGUGUCCAUCAAUCUUAUCAGAAUAAUUUCUGCCUUGUUCCAGGUUUAUUCCAAUCACCCAACCUAUCAAUAAAUAAGGCAUAAAAUUGAACUUAAAAUAAAUAACUGAAAAUAAUAAA